AAAUCGAGGCUUGAAUUUUUGUUACGAAAAUCCAAUUUUUACGGCUGAGAAAAUUCAGAGCUGAUGACAUGUGAAUGUGAUGAUGCUUCGUCUUUGUCGUUUGUGGUGGUGACUUCAACGAGGCACACAUUAUACGCCAUGAUCAUUUAUAUAUCAUGUUACUGCAAGGCAAUUUUUCUAUGAAUUAUUGGAUGUGAAUCAGUGAUUGUGAUGAUGGCAACACUCUUCAACGCCGCUCUUGGGAUUCCUUCAUCUCCUUGCUUCUCAUUUUCAAAACAAACCACUCUUUCACCUCUCCGUUGCUUGAGGAACAAUCAGGAUGUCAAUGGCUAUCAUGAACAUAGGUUAGAGAUUGAGGGUGAUAAAAAUGUGGAGAAAUCUAAGCCAAUAACCGGUGAUGACCAUGCAACGCCAGCUUUUUUGGGUAUGCUCAGAGAAUUUGAGCAGAACAUAAUAUCCUUGAACAACGAGCUGCUCAAGAUCAUAGACGAACUUCACAAAACAAAAAGAGAAAAACAGUCUCUACUUAGUCUGGCAGAGAAAUUAGAAGCGGAAAAGAUGGCUGGUGCUGGUAGAGAUAACCAAUCAGGUUGUUCGGAUUUGCUGCUUCGGAUAGGCUCAAUGGUCCUUAACAAUGUGAUUAGCCCCGGGGAAGCAUCUGAAUUAAGAAGAUUGGUGAUAAGCCACAUGGUGGGUGUAUAUGAUGAUUUUAAUGUUACUGCAAACAAAGGAGAUUCUGAACUUCUUGAGGAACUUCGUCAGUUUUCAUAUGGAAGCAAAAAGUAAAUCCUGCCAUCAUUUGGCGAUUUUCUUCUUUCUUCUUUGAUCCUCACAACAAUUUUCUACCGUUUCCCUUUGUCAAAGAUAUUUUAAAUCUGAUUGAUCUCUUUGUAUCAACUUUAUUCAGGAGUGGUUUUCAUA